CAACUUCAUUACAAAAAGAAACAACUUUUAUCCUUGAAGAACCCUCCUUUAGCCGCAGAACCUUAGAACGCAAGUAUAUACUUCCGUUCAAAACUAUCGAUAAGUAAACUCCAUUACAGAUGACGAGACAGAUGAACCACCAAAGGAUACAGAUAAAGUCCCGUGUUUAAUUAGACUUAAGGAACUACUUAAUUCUUUCGUAAUCCGCGUUUCUCAUGGAUCAAAACAACGCGAUUGGAGAUGCAGAAGGCUGUAGCAGCUCUGAAUCUGGAUGGACCGAGUAUAUUUCUUCUCCCAUGAACGAUCGUCACAGCGAAGAAGAUGGCUACGGCGAGGAAGAAGAAGAAGAAGAUGAUGAUGAUGGCGGAGACUCUGUGGCUUCUGAUGCUUCUACUGGAGAGUUACUGCACCAGAGUCAGCAUCCCUGUCGUAGCGGAGUCGAUGAGGAUGGACAAGGCGGCGAUGACUUCGAUCGUACUCGAGAUGGUGAAAUGGAGGUCUCUGCAAGGAAAGAAGAUGUUUGUUCCUCUGCUCAUCUCGAUGACAAGUAAAGAGGGAUUCGGAUAUCAAUUCGAGUUGAAGUUUGAGUAUGUAGCUCGGGUAGUUCGUUCUCCUUGUAGAAUCGAAGAUUACG